AUGGAGUACUACGACGUUCUCGGGGUCAGCCGCACUGCAACCGAGGUGGAGAUCCGUAAAGCCUAUUAUCUCAAGGUCUGUGUUCUGGCUCCAUUUCAAUUUCCAGAUAUUGCGAACUCCUUUUGGAAAUUCUACGGUUAAACGUUGGCUUUUUCGGUGGUGUUGUUAGGCAAGGCUGGUUCACCCGGACAAGAAUCCCAAUGACUCUCAAGCUGCGGAAAGAUUCCAGGCCAGUGCAUAUGUUGCUUCUCGUCUCCUCAGAGGCAUUCUUUCCCCGAUCAGCGGAAGAUACUCUUGAGUAUGAACUAAAGUUCUUGGCUUCUUCUUGUAGGCACUAGGGGAAGCUUACCAGGUCUUGAGUGAUCCAGUGCAGAGAAGAGAUUACGAUGUGAAUGGGAAAGACUGCAUAUCUGGGUAUUUCCAAAACCGCUACCAGAAAUUUCAUCGGCUGAUUUGUUUCACAACCUUGUACGAGUACAAGUUUCCCCUCUCUUAUGCAGCAGGUUUUUGUCACUCGGCACAAAAGUGAGCUUGAUUGGUUUUCUUCCCAAUGAAAUUAAUCAAACCAUAAAAAACCACUAUUUUUGAUUUUUUGUCUUGGUCAACUAUGUUGCAAACAUCUUCAUUAAUCUCCCUCUAAUCGACCGCAUGGUAUCUUCUUCAGGGAAAAAAUGUUAGACCCAACAGCAGUUUUUACACUUUUCUUUGGAAGUGAAUUGUUUGAGGAUUAUAUUGGACAUCUUGCCGUAGCAGCUAUGGCUUCAGGUGAAUUGGCUUCUGCGGAUAACAAUCCUGAAAAUCUUCGGGAUCGAUUGAAGGUAUAUAAUUAGGAACAUACAAUGAGUGGCAUAUUUCCUGCUCACAGUGGUGAAUCCUAAGGCUUUAUCAUGCUUAUUGGAAAGCGGAACCAAAUAAACAUAACCAAGUCAAUAAGAAAUAUUCAUCUCUUUAAUGUGGUCUCUUUAUUAUUCCCUUGAGAAUACAGCUCACUCAUUGGAGUUUUGAUUUUCAUUCAAAUUCACAUUGAGAAAUUUAGGAAAAUGUGCCUUGAAUUCCAUUUUGACCUCUUUAUGAGUGUUGCAUCGAUACCCAACUUUGAAUUUCCUCUUUUGUGGGUAUUGUUGACGUGAAGUUGGAGGGAAUGGAAUAUUUAAAUCUUGAAUUCACAGGACAGGGAUCUAGAGUGCGAGAAGAACGAAUAUUUGUCCAUAAAAUUUUCAUUCGUUGGGUGUCUCUGUGUAGGGUGUUUGGAUCUUAUUUUCAUUCUGAUAACCAAUAUUCAAACCAAACGAUGUUCCGCUAUUCUAAUCUUUGAAAGAAAUUGUAUCUACAUAUGAUGCAUAUCUGAAAUGUUUUAAGCAACAGAAAUUUGGAAAAGUUAUACCUUAGAUAGGGUGAAUACCUUACAAACCUAUGUAAUCAGUAGCAUUGAAUAUUCAUAAGAACCAACUGGAAAUUUCGAAACCUUGCUCUAAUAUAAAUUGAUGCAACGGAAGUUGAGGGAGAAUGAAAAUCGGGCCUUGAAUCCACGAUUUUUCUCAAUCUUUGACUCAACAGGAAUGGCUUGGACGAUCCUCAACUCCACAAGGAUCAGAAAACGCCCUUGGAUCUACAAGAGUUGAUCCUUGAAUCCACGAGAAUCCAAAAAACUCCCUUUAAUCCACAAGGAUUGCUUGUAUACACAAAGUGUGCAGAACACUCUCAAAGAGAAUGAAAAUUUGUAAUAGCCAAGGUGCGCCUGGAGUUGCAACAUAUUAGCCUUUAAAUGAGCCUGAAUCAAUUAUACCUCUCCUAGAUAAUAAGAUUUGUUAUGAAAACAAAAUUGAAAGGACCUAACAUCAAGAUAGUUAAUAUACUAACAACUCUGACGUGUUAUUCACGCGUUUAUUUGGGUCUGAUCUGAUUUUGGCAUUUUAGGUUCUUCUCAUCUUUGUAUCCCAUCCUUCAAGCUUCCAAAAUGUCUGGCCUACCAGUUUUGGGCCACCUGGGUCAAAAACUGUUCGCCCUUCUCUUUUUUGGAAGUGAUGUCCCACAUCAAUUGUGUCCUCGUGAAGGCUGUCCAGAGGGAGCGGGAGGAGAAGCUCGCAAGAUUCUUGAAGGACCUUCUGGAUAAAUAUAUUAAUGGUGACCGAGAAGGGUUCUUGCAUCACAUAGAAGCUGAAGCAAGACGACUUUCUGAUGCAGGUUAAUUAAUUUUCAUUCUCCGCAUUCAUCAGUGGUAUACAACUUGCAUUUUCUCACUCGUUUGGUGGCUUAGAAUCUUGAAAUUUUCUUUUAUUGGUUGAGGUUUCCGAAUGCAGCCUUUGGAGUUGAUAUUCUGCACACAAUUGGCUAUGUCUAUGAGAGGCAGGCUGCGAAGGAGUUAGGCAAGAAAGUCAUGUACCUGGGUGUGCCAUUCUUAGCCGAAUGGGUGCGAAACAAAGGGCAUCUUUGGAAAUCACAGGUUACAGCUGCCAAAGGUGUCAGAUGGCCCAGACCUGAACACCUACUGAGGUUGAUGCCCCAGAAACUCUGGCUAAUUUGUUGGUAAAUUUUGUUCAGGUGCACUGAGAUUACUGCAGCUUCAAGAGGACAUUUGCCAACAGUUUAAUAGAGAUGGAACUGGCUCUGGAAAGGAUGCUGAAAUGCGUAUGGAGCAAAAUAAGGAUCUAAUGAUGAGUUCAAUGUGGAAACUAAAUGUGGUGGAUAUUGAAGUAACGCUGUCACGGGUGUGCCAGAUUGUGAGUUCUCAAACACUUCUCUCGAGUCGUCAUGGAUUCUCCAUCUGGUCUUUUGGUAUUAAUAUCUCUAUAUGCAUGUGUUUGGGGGAUGAACAAGUAUAACGAAUGCCCAUCAGGACUUUGCCGGAUGAUUGCACUGUUAAGCAUGCGUUUUUUAGAAUGAAUUCCUUACAUUCUGUUGAAAGGGAAACUUGUGCUUCUUAGAGGAAAAUGGAGAGGAAAAUUGCUUCAUUUCGAUUAAAUUUGACAAAAAUAGUAUGAGGAGAAGGUGUCUUAAUGAUGAAUCCCGUAACAAUUCGACAGGUAUUACAGGAAGAUGACGACAAGAAAGAAGUACACAAAGCUCGGGCUUCGGCUCUGAAAAUCCUCGGGAAGGUUUUCAAGGUAUGAAAGGAACAGAAGCUAUAGUUCUUGCCAGCCCAUUAGUCACAAGUUCUGAACUGAUCAUUCUGUGACACCUUUAGAAUCAAUUUCAUUGUGAUUGUUCUUUAAUUCCAAGUGAAUAGCUGUUAGUCGAUCCAAGACUGUGAUUAGAAUGCUCGUGCUUGCUGCAGCGGGGAAGGGAGGCAAAAGAUGUGGGGACUUCUCAGAGUGUAAACGCCGUGCAUGAUGAUGGAAACAGUUCCGAUGAUAGUUCGGUUGAGGAUUCUCCAGGAACGCUUGCAUAUCGAACACCUUUAUUAACUCAGGUGUGUGUGUGAGAGCACCUUAGUUCUGAGAUUUUCUGGGGCCGUCCAUAUUUGGAUAAAUCCUCAUUGCGAAGAACAGGGUAUUACUUUACUGGUGUGCUCAUCAUUUUGCCCCCAACUAGUGAAUUAAUCUCGACGAGAAUAGAUUGCAGAUCAGUUUCUGAUGAGAUCAUUUCUAAGAACCCUAGUGUAUCCUUGAUAACUCUUAGAUUUGCCUUCUCAUUCAUAUUUCCACAGGUUAUUGGAAGGCUUUUCAGAUGCUUCUGCAACCCAGCGCACGAUGUGGAUGGUGACUGA